UGGACGUUGUUUAUUUACUUUCCAGCAUUGCGUCUCACCAACUAGGCAACAACAUAGCGUGAUAUCAACACUCAACAGACAUAAUCCACCACCGCACCAUUGUCUGUGAGCUACAAAAAUAUGCUCUGAUGUUUUCUUUCAAUCUGCUACUUACUGCACUGACAAAUUAUAGCUGAAUAACAGCAAACAGAUGUGAUAAACACGAGUGACAAUGUUGUCAGGUAUGGAGGUCCAAACAUGCAUAAAUAAUAAAUAAAUCAAUGAAAUAUUUUGUCUUGAUAAAACAAAUAUAAUUAGUUUUUAAUUAAAUGUAUUCCUGAACCCUUCUUAAACUUGUGAAUGUUGUUGUGAAGCAAAUCUGUAAGGGUCUCCUGUGUACCCUCAAUAGUUUUCUUGACAGUUAUCUUUACUGUUGAACUUUUCUUCAUGUAGUCUUUUUUUUCUAAAGCCUUGUCUUCAGUGACCCACUGUAGAAAAGAUGCUUUUGCCAUCCCAUCAUAUUGACUGGAGAGGGGGACACACUUUUGUUUGCAUAAAUCACAUUCCCCAUACAUACACGCCUUGCUAGAAGAAUCACAAGAUACCAUCUCAGCCAGUCGCUCUACAUUUGAAGUCUCAACCACCUUCAGCUGAUUCAGCUUGUCAGCCACAAAGCUCAGAUUCCCAUGGAGCUUACACUGGCAUGUGUCUCGGUCAGACAUAGAAGGGUAAACAACCCAAAAAGUUCUAAGAAGGCAAAACAGAGAAUAAGAGAUUUUCCCAAUGUUCUCUGACAAAAAUUUUCUGUGCAGGUUUUUCAUAGUGUCCUGCAGGAACCUUUUCUGCAUCUUGACUUUAUGCACUGUGAUUGUUUGUUUCUUCCCUGUUGUAAUCCUGCUCACAUCAUCUCUCACAAAGAAUGACUUCACUUUGCUUUUAAAUUCAUCGGAAUGUCGGAUAACAGCUUUUCUUUCAAAGGCUGUUAUAUUUUUACUCUCCAGAUGUCUCCAGCAUUUGUUUGAUAAUCCUAGAGUAUGUUCAGCAAAUUUCUGCAAUUUAUAUUUUCUAACAAUUUUCCCUAUUGUCACUUUUGAAAUUAUUUGUUUGUCUUUUUCCUUUCUGGCAUUACGAUAUUUGUGUUUGAUGUCUGCAAUAAGAGCUUCGUGAUACAACAAGGUCUUCCUAAUUCUUGCGUUUACAGGGCAAUUCAAUAAUGUUGUUUUCACUUUUGACCGAGGAGAUUCUAAGGUCUUCUUCUGUCGCUGGACUCUCUUUUUAUACUUCUCUGUUAACCGCUUUUGCCUGUCCAGGGCUUUCUUGAGCUGUUUAAUUUCAUUAUGUAGCUUCUUUCUUUGUUUUCGUGAUUGUCUUUUGCCUUCCUCCCUUUGCCUACAAAACAAGUAAUCAAACAAAUUAGUCAGUCCAACAUUGCAUGAAAAUGCUGAGUAUGUCACAUUAAACCAGGGAUUCACAAACUUUUUUUGUUAGCCGAACCCCCUUGAACUCAAAUAUUGAUAUGAAGAACCCCCCAAUUUUCUGAUGUUGGUUAAUAGUCACAUGGCAUACAGAUAAACAAAUAAAAUAUUUAAAUAUUUUUAGCAAGUGAUUUAUUUAAAUUUUACGAUUUUAUAAAUUAUUAGCUAUUCAUCAACUCGAACCCCUUGCAGUUCCUUCACAUACCCCAUGGGUUUAAAAACCACAGUUUGGGGAACCGUGCAUUAGACAAUUACACAUGCUCUAAACUAAUUUUCUACUCUCAACUUAUGAUUCUUCUGCCUGUUGCACUUCACCUUGACAGUGGCUGUCGUGGCAGCUCUGGCAUAUGUUCAGGACUUUGUGGUGGAGUGCUUAUGUUUCUUAAUGCUUCUCUUCUUUCCUUGCUUCUUGUGUAUGCUGCUCUCCAUUUUUUUAUGCCUCUGACGCUGUGCUCUCUCACUUAGGUCACUAAUUGUUUUUUUCUUUCCUGCCUCAACAUUCCUUCUCCAUCUCUGCUUCUCUCUCUCAAGGUACUGUGCCCUUUUUUCUGGGUCAGCAUCUCUGCGUGCAUGAAACUGCCUUUGCCUCUCUGCUGUUGAUGAAACCUGUUUCUGGUCAUUUUAACUGUAACACACAGCAGCGCUGAAGAUGUCAGCGCCUGUAAUGGAAAUAUGCCAUGUCUCCUGUUGUGCCAAUUAUCGCGCUCCUAAUGUUGUGUCAUGGGGCAGAGGAAGUCUCAUCGCAUUUGGGACAUGCAAUUCAGUUGCACUUUAUAAUCCACAGGACAUUAAGAUUGUGGAGGUACUGAACAAACAUACUGGUAGGGUGAACGCUGUCCAGUGGGUUCAAGACUGCAGUCCUGAAACACAUCUGGUAUCUGGGGGGACAGAUAAUAAUGUUGUUGUUUGGAAGAAGCAUGAUGGACAGUUCACUGCAUUUGCAGUGUGUUUGGGACACUCUGCAGUGGACGCUGUAUUUCUGCCCUCCUCUCAAUUACUGCUGGCCUCAGCAUCAUCUGAAUCAUCUGAAAUCUGGACCAGUACCUCUGAUACAACUGAAUGCCUCCAGACCAUUUCAUUUGGGAGCGGGUUUGUGAUGGAUGUCUCGUUGGAACUGUUGCCAGGCAGCAGAGUUCCAGUACUUGCCUGUGGGGAUGAUGACAGCAAGGUUCACCUGUAUGUGCAGAUCGAUGGACAGUUUCAGAGGGUUCUGACACUGGCAGGUCAUGAGGACUGGGUGCGAGGUGUGGAUUGGGCCGUACAAGAUGGAGAGCUCUUGCUGGCCAGCUGUUCUCAAGACUGUCUGAUCAGAGUGUGGAGGCUGUUUGCCAAAACUGCCACUGAACCAGUCCUUCAGAGUGACACUGUUAUUAAAAUGAAUGAGAAUGUCUUUGAAGUGUCUGGAGAUGUGUUUGCAGUAACUCUUGAAACUGUGCUAGCUGGCCAUGAAAACUGGGUUUAUGGAAUGCAUUGGCAGCCCCCACAGACCAAAGGUGACUCAGUGGAACAGCCCUUGAAACUACUGUCUGCUUCCAUGGACAAAACAAUGAUCUUAUGGGGGCCAGAGGAGGAUUCAGGUGUGUGGGUAGAGCAGGUACGUGUUGGUGAAGUCGGAGGGAACACCUUAGGUUUUUAUGGCUGUCAGAUGAGUCCAGAUGGCUCUAUGAUUCUGGCUCAUGCCUUCCACGGAGCACUGCACCUCUGGCACCGUGACGACAACCAGAGAGAGUGGAGGCCCAGUGUGGUUGUUUCGGGUCACUUUAAUGCAGUGCAGGACCUGAGCUGGGACCCAGAGGGAGAGUUUAUCAUCACUGUUGGAUCAGCCCAAACCACCAGACUCUUCACACCAUGGAAGAAAAAAGGAUGUGCAAAGAUGACCUGGCAUGAGAUCUCCAGGCCACAGAUUCACGGCUAUGACAUGCAGUGUCUGACUAUGGUUGGUCCUUUCCAGUUUGUGUCUGGUGCUGAUGAGAAGGUCCUGCGGGUGUUCAGAGCUCCACGGAAUUUCGUAGAGAACUUUGCUAACAUAUCAUGCACCCCUCUAGAGAAACUGCUGGCCUCUAAUGUAAUGUGUCUCUGUCCCCCGGCAGCCAGCACGCCUGCCCUCGGCCUGUCUAACAAGGCUGUGUUUCAAGGUGACCUUGCAUCUCAGAGCACUCAACAGGAUGGUGAUGGUUUCAGUGGCAUGUCUGACCAGUACAAAGAGUCCUACUUUCAACCUCUCAGUCUCACUGACCCCCCAACAGAGGACGACCUCUUGCAGAACACACUGUGGCCAGAGGUACAAAAGCUGUAUGGGCACAGCUUUGAGAUAUUUUGCCUGGCGUCUGAUUCUGCAAGGACGGUGGUGGCCUCCGCGUGUAAGGCCUCUAAAGCAGAGCACGCUGCCAUCCUUCUGUGGAAUGCUACCUUGUGGAAACCGCUUCAGUCACUGCCCUGUCACAGUCUGACCGUCACUCAGAUGGCAUUCUCCCCGAACGGACAUCUUCUGCUCGCUGUGUCUCGGGAUCGCAACUGGUCACUAUGGAGACGAGGAAAACCUGACACAGAUUCAGAGCCCAGUUUUUCUCUCUAUGCAAACACUAGUAAGGAUACAGCGGUUCACACGCGCAUUAUUUGGUCAUGUGACUGGAGCUCUGACAGCAAGUACUUCGUGACAUCAAGUCGAGACAAAAAGGUGAUAAUUUGGGGCCAUUGUGCCUCUGCAGACUGUGUUGGUGAGUGUAUGGGGGCCAAUGUGAGUCCCUGCUCCUCUGUCUUGGAUGUAGGUGAUUCAUCUACUGCUGUGUCGAUUUGCACAGUGCUGUGUUCAGACCAGAGUUAUUUAUUAGCUGUGGGACUUGAGAAUGGGCGGAUUUUACUGUAUAAAUGGAGGCCAUCUGAGGAUCUAUCUUCUGGGUUAGACUGGAGCAAAUGUGGGGAAACGGAUGGCUGUCAGAGUCACACACUGGUGGUGAAGAGGCUACGCUGGAGGCCGAGGCAGGGCUGGGCAGGCCAAGACAAGGAGGACGAGAACGAGGGCCAUUCCUGGGUCCAGCUCGCCAGUGCUGGUGCCGACCAUGCAGUUAAAAUCUUCAACAUCAAAUUAUCAGCACUGUGACUUCACACCGCCUCUGGUGACAUGCACUCGGGGGUCAUCUGCAGUGUGUCCAGUACUUUGACCCAUUACUGAUAUUCAGUGGAAGAAUUAACUACAUUUUACAGCCUUUCAGGCAGAGUGUGACAGUCUUUAGCUGAUCUGUGCGGCAAAAUGUGAUAAACACCACUUUCUGGGAUUAGUUAAACUCUGUCACUCUCUUAAAGGGAUGGCUCUCCCAAAAUUAAACUCUGUCAUUAUUAAUGAAUGACAUUAAUGUUUGAAAAAACACAAGGGUGUACAACUGAUGACAAUUUACAUUUUUAGGUGAACUGUCCAUUUACAUCAACUUCUGUUCAUUGAAAAUUGCCACUAUUAUUAAAACAUGUGUAAACAAACUACCCUAUUUAUAGUGAAUGUAAAAACAUGUUGCUUUGUAUUCUAUUAAAUGUCUUUUUU